AUGAUUAACUGUGUCCAUGCAAACAGGGGAGCCGAGACCCUCAUGCAGAGGAGGUGCGUACAGAGAGACCCGGGGCACCAGGCUGGGACACGUCAGCUCCACAGGGGCCUUGUCCUCCUGCCUGCUGUGGUGGCGACGCUUCUCCUCUGCGUGAGCCCAGCACAUGUGGCCGGCUACCAGAGAGCAUCAGCAGGAUCAGUACAGCUGCCGAUAACCUGCCAGCCAAUCCUCCAGUACAGGUCCCUCAUGUCUUGCUUGAUCUGCUGCCGCAGGGCUCCCAGCAGCCCCAGCGGGGUGUACAUCAUCCAGCCAGCACGGUCACCCCCACGGGUGGUGUGGUGUGACAUGGACACCGAAGGCAAGGGCUGGACUGUUGUCCAGAGAAACACCUACACCACCGAAAUCACAUGGGAGGAGUCCUGGACCACCUACAAGUACAGCUUCGGGAACAUGCGAGGCGAUCACUGGCUGGGCACCCAGUACCUGCACCUGCUGACCCAGCAGGGCACCUACAAGGUCCGCUUCAUCGUGCGGAAUAAAGCCAACAUCACCCAUUACGCCGAGUACGACAUCUUCAGGGUGGAGAGUGAGGCUAGUGGGUACCCACUGAGGCUGGGCCGGUUUUCUGGUGAUGGGGAUGACUACCUGACCAGCUAUUACCCUAAGAAGGGGGGCAUACACGACAACAUGAAGUUCAGCACAACCGACAGGGACCAGGACCAGUACAGCGGGAACUGUGCCAACAGCUACGGGGGCUGGUGGUACGACAAGUGCCAGAACGUCCUGCUCAAUGGCAAGAGGUACAUCUUCUGGCCAGGAACCUGCCCAAGCAGCAACUGUGCAUCCUCCCUCAUCCUGGUCAUACCCACAGACGUGUGCUGA